UUCAAUGGGUAACCUGCCUCAAAUUAAGAACAUUGACAUUGACAUAAGGAUGCUGAAGGCUUGCUUUGAAAUUCCGGUUGACAAAAGUAAUUCCCAAUGUGCAUCAGUGGUGUCAAAGGUCAAAACUGGCCAAUCAAACAAUGUAAUAAAUGAUGGAAGUCCCAGAACUCCAAGCUCAAAGCCAUCCCAGUGCAGGAUGAGUGAAGGAAGAUACAGCAUAGGCACUUGCCCUGAGCAGCUGGAGGAAGCUGUGAACAGGUCAUUUGGUAUCACUGACCCUGAAAGCACUGUCAAUAAGGAACCAACACUGAAUCAGAAGCUUCUCCCUGAAGAAGGAGAACCACAGCAAUGGCCAACAAUGCUGAAGGAAGAGCUGGAUGAGGAGAGAUUAUUGUAUCCGAGGACACCAAAGAGAAAUAACCAACCACUGCUAGAACAAGAGGUCAUCUCUGUCAGAGAGAGGUCAGCCAUAUAUCUGUCUAAAUCUGAAGCAGGCCCCUCAGUGAAGUAUACUAUUUCUUCUCAAGACAGUACUCCACGAGCAGCAAAAGAGUUUCAGCAGAUAGAGGUAAGACAAAUGGAUGCGUUUGAUGCCACUGAAAUUGAUUGCUUUGUGACUGUCUGAGUGCUCAACACUUUAGUUCUUUAUUUCCUGCCUAAA